CUGCUCUCCUGUCUGUGAAUCAACUUCAUUGCUGACUGACCCUGAAAAACACGCGACAAGACUCGGACCCGGACUUUACAAGUGUGGAAGACUGUGCGAUCCUUGGCAGUGUUCUGAGACUGUACAGUCCACUUUCGCCUUGUUUUUGUUAUUGGAAUUGACUUUAUUGUAUUUUAAGAUAGACUGUGCGCCUUUGGGGCAUUUAAAAGGAGCAAACGGUGGCUGUGGUGAUUUGGAGCGCGUCCUCUUCGCACAGGUAUCGCACUGGUAUUGAACUUCGGAAAUUACAAAGGAGACAGUGACAUUUAGAGAGAGAUGACAGCAGAGAAGGAGAAGAAGAGAUGCAGCUCAGACCGUCGCAAGGAGAAGUCUCGGGAUGCAGCUCGAUGCAGGCGCAGUAAAGAGACUGAAGUGUUUUAUGAACUGGCCCACCAGUUGCCCCUUCCACACAGCAUCAGCUCACACCUGGACAAAGCGUCCAUCAUGAGACUGGCCAUAAGCUUUCUGCGCACACGUAAAGUCAUCGCCUCAGGCUGUAUUAAUACCACAAAGACGUCAGAGGUAGACCGACUGAUGGACAGCUGGUAUCUGAAGUCUCUGGGUGGCUUCAUUACCGUGGUAACAUCAGAUGGAGACAUGGUCUUCUUAUCGGAAAACAUCAACAAAUUCAUGGGGCUCACACAGGUAGAGUUAACAGGGCACAGCAUUUUUGACUUCACUCACCCCUGCGACCAUGAAGAGAUCCGUGAGAACCUCAGCCUCAAAAGCGGCAUGGGGAAGAAAGUCAAGGAGCUGAACACAGAGAGGGAUUUCUUCAUGAGAAUGAAAUGCACAGUCACGAAUCGCGGUCGCACCGUCAACCUCAAGUCAGCCAGCUGGAAGGUGCUACACUGCACGGGUCAUCUAAAGGUUUACACUGGCUGCCCUGCGCGUGUGCUCUGCGGUUUCAAAGAGCCGCCCCUGACCUGUGUGGUCAUGAUGUGCGAACCCAUCCCACAUCCAUCCAACAUCGACACGCCCCUCGACAGCAAGACGUUUCUGAGUCGGCACAGCAUGGAUAUGAAGUUUACUUACUGUGAUGACAGAGUUAUCGAAUUGAUCGGCUACAGCCCUGAAGAUCUUCUUGGUCGAUCUGCAUAUGAUUUUUAUCACGCUCUGGACUCCAACAGCAUCACCAAAAGCCACCAGAACUUGUGUACUAAAGGGCAGGCGGUGAGUGGUCGGUACAGGAUGUUGGCUAAGAAUGGGGGUUAUGUGUGGAUGGAGACCCAGGGUACCGUCAUCUACAACAGUCGCAACUCCCAGCCACAGUGCAUUGUGUGCGUGAAUUACGUGCUGAGUGAUGUUGAGGAAAAAUCCACAAUCUUUUCUAUGGAUCAGACUGAGUCUCUGUUCAAGACUCACCACUUUUCAAGUGACACGCUCUACUCCAAACUCAAAGAGGAACCUGAGGAUCUCACCCAGCUGGCACCUACACCUGGUGACACCAUUAUCUCUCUUGACUUCGGUCAGCCACAGUAUGAAGACCACCCGAUGUACAGUAAAGUGUCUUCGAUCGCUCCUGCAGCCUCACAGUCUAUUCGUGACAGCCAUAAGAAAAGCUACACUGGAGACCUGCCCAAGAUGGCCGCCACUUUCUCAGUGCCUCAAGCUCCGCCUCCAAGCAGCGCAACUCCGAGCUUAAGCAGCUGCUCGACGCCUAGCACCCCGGAUGAGUACUACAGCACAGUGGACAACGAUCUGAAGGUGGAGCUUACUGAGAAACUUUUCUCCUUGGACACGCAGGAGACAAAGACUUCUUUCAACAAAGAGACUGACUUAAGUGAUCUGGACUUGGAGACAUUGGCUCCCUACAUCCCAAUGGAUGGAGAAGACUUCCAGCUCAAUCCCAUCUGCCCGGAGGAAACAUCCACUGACCUUGGAGGCCUGGUGACAAACCAGCAAAGCUUCAGCAACAUUGCAAGCUUCUUCCAACCCUUGACCUCCCCCUCAGCAGCACAGUUUCAGCCUAACAUGAGUUCAGGAGGGGAAAAGCAGAACAUCAAUGGAGGCUCUGUGGAGUCAUGGCAGCCUGUACCCUACAGUAAUACUCCCAUGCAAAUCCCACCAUACCGUGAUCCAGCCUGCACCCCUCUGUCCUCUAUGGGGGGACGUCAAAAUCUGCAGUGGCCACCUGACCCUCCGUUACACAAAGCUGGAAUGAUGGAUCCUCUAACAGCAAAGCGUUCGUGCCAAACCAUGCCAGCCAAUCGAAUGGCACGUUAUGUGCAAAGACCCAUGGAGAACUUUGGACCGAACUACAGAGAUAUGAGUCCAGCUCGACUCGCUCUCGCUAACAACUUCAAGCGCUCGUUCACACAGAUGGCUAUGGUUGAGCCAUCGGCCACUAAGUCACAGCAGCCAAUGUGGAAGAGACUUAGGAAUGAGAGUUGUGCCACCAUGGACCGAAAGUCUCUCAGCACUAGCGCUUUAUCAGACAAAGGCAUGGACCAUAACGGAGGCAUGGAGCACCAGCACAGGAAGACUCAGUAUGCAGGUAAUCAAGCCGGACUGGCAACGAAACGCUAUCGAGAGCAGUCCUGUACCUACAGAGAGUUCAACAUGCAGACUUCCUCUAAAAUGGACGGAAUCGCGAGUCGACUUAUUGGGCCGUCCUUCGAGAACUACUACUGUCUGCCUGAACUGACUCGAUAUGACUGCGAGGUCAACAUCCCCUUACAAGGAAAUCUUCAUUUGCUCCAGGGCAGUGACCUUUUAAAGGCAUUAGAUCAGUCCACCUAAACCAGUAUGUAAACUAGCCCACAGAAAUGCAGUCAGUCUCCAUAUCUCACUAUCCUGAAAGUACCCAUCCCAGCCUAUUAUACACUUAAACAAAGACAAAUACACACAUCUCUCACACCCAAACUGACUGCAUAGACGGCAAAUGUAGCUUCGAUUCUAUUUUUAUUGUCUACAUCUUCAUAAAGUCUAUACAUGUACUAUUUUUUUAGUUGCAUAUCAAGUUUCCGAAUGAAUUUUAAGUAUUUUUGGAGGAGCUUAACUGUUGUGUUGUGAUGUCUUUGGCCGGCUGUUUCUCUGCUUCUCUGCAGAUAUCUUUCUCGCUGUCUGUCAACUUAAAAAAAAAACACACACACACAAAAUACAAAGAAAUAUGAUCUACUGUAAUUUCUUUAACUUUCCUACCUCUUGACACAUUAAGCCUUUUCUUCACCGACCACUUUCAAGUUAUAUGUUCUUUUGUGCCUUAUAUAUUAUUAUUAUUAUUAUUAUUUUCUUGGUUUUGUGUCUGUUUAUUGCCUUAUUGUGGAAACCACUCUAAAUACAUAUAUUUUUGUCAAUUUAGCUGUAAACAUACAUAUUUAAAGCAAAGAUUUCUACUAUAGAUUUCUACUUUGAUGAUAAAGUUACAUGUCGUAGCGCUUAUUUGUCUUGGUACUUUGUCUUGUCUACUCAGUAGAUGUGAAUCAGAGUCCUUACAGCGGAUCACAGUCUGUAGUGCUUGUGUCCUAUGGUUGUUAAUGGUGGCAUUUAUCUGGAAAUAUGCAAUUGCAUAUGAUGUUUAUUGGCAGGCCAGUACAAUUUGAUUGGGGUUUUCCAAAAUCUGUUUUAGAUAUCUCUUUUAUGUAGCACAUCAGGUCCUUUAAACUUUUAAAGUUUAAUUUGAGCAAUUUCUUGUUGUUGCAAACGAUUGCUUUAUGCAGUUUUACUCACAUGCAUACUUACAUUAUAACAUAUUUUAAUACUUUUAUUUUAUUUGAGUUUUAAUAUAAACUCUGAGGUUGUCUUUAAAGUUGAAUCAUUCCGUUUUAAUGCCCUUUAAAAUUGUUAUUUUAACACUAUUAUUUAUGACUGCCAAGCCCUUGAGACCCACAGCAAUAUUCAGUAAUGUAACAAGCAUUUAAGUUGCUUAUUGCCUAAUCUGCUCUUCUGUUAUGCAUAGACACAUUCGUGUCUUUUAGAUGUUUUGUUAAAGGGGACAGAGAAUGAAAAACCAUUUUUACCUUGUCUUUGUUGAAUAAUGGUAGUCUACCCGCAUUCACAAACAUACAAAAAGUGCUAAACAUCUCAGUCUCAUAGAAAUUCCUCUUUUAGAAAUGUCAGCCAGAAAACGGCCCAAUCUGAAAAACUGAUGCUUAUGACAUCACAGGCAUCUCACUGCCCCUCCACUUUAAAAUAAUUGGCUAAAUUUUUUGAGUGGCAGCAAAGUCAGCCAAUCAGUAAUGAGAUUGCAAGUAAAGCCAGUAGGGGGAGCCAAAUAGGUGCAAAACCACUUGUUUAAAAUCCCCCACCCUAAUAGAGCUAUCUGAGAGAGGUUUUUAGGAAGCUUCUAAGGCAUUACAGACCCAAACAAAAACAAUUUUGUCUAGAUGUCACAUCACAGAACAAGGAUAAAUACUCCGUUCAAUCAUUCUAUGUCACCUUUAAAGUUUAACCCGUAGUAAAAACACAUAAAAUAUAAAGUCCUUUAAGGUACAAAAAUAAGAGAGUAAUAGUAGUUUUGUUAACAUGUUCAUUAUGUGUGUCAGAUAGGCAAAGCUACUGUAAUUCAGUAGAGGGAUGACCUCAUGAAAAUAUGCCUGGGUCCUUAUUUGCCCCUAAAUAAAUAAAAAAAAUGAUAAAAUAAAAAUAAGCUAUAUUUUGCUUGAAGACAAUUGGGCCUGCUUACUAUAUUUAUUGUCCACAUUAUGAAAAAUUAGCAUGAAGGUCACCCCUAACAUCCCCCCCAAAAAAUAUUUCCCAGUUUUCAGUAAAAUCUGUAUUUCCAGAACUUGAGUGCAAAAAAAUUAUAGAUUAUUUAAAUUGUAUUAUUUUUGCGUCAUGGUAGUCUUUUGUUUUUGUCAUUGUAAUACAAAACAGUAUUUUAAAUAUAACAAAAAUCUAAUCUGAAUCACCACUGAAAAUAUUGGCGAUACAAAUGAAUGAAAAUGUAGUAGAAAAUAUCCCAAUCUAGUGCAAAAUGCCUUAGUUGUCCUAGGAAUAAGCAAAAUUGUAAUUAAAGGUGCACUGUGUCGAUUUUAGUGCCAUCUAGUGGUGAGAUUGUGAAUCGCAAACAACAGCUCAGUCCACGUCUCACCUUUCUUUUCGAAACUAAGGUAGCCGCCACAGGACAAACAUGUCAUCGUCUGAGACAACAAAGGAAUGAAACGCACUCUAUAGAACGGUUUGUCCGUUUAGGGCAAUUAAUCAUCGAUUAAUUGUCGAUGAGAAAUAAAUCGAUAAAACGUAACGAUUGCCGAAUAAGCAAGCACGUGUGUGCAGCGCCUGCGCAAAGCACAUACACAGCUGGUGAAAAAAAUGAAACAAGCGCACAGAAGUUAAACUAGCCAUGAUCACAACGAUGCUCGAUGCCAAACACACACCUGGGCUUUUUAACAUCAUGCUAUAGACGAGCCUGGCUGCUAACGCAAACGAAAUGACAUCCGCAGUGGAUCUGAUAGGGUCCAAUACAGAAAAUGCAAAUACAGUUAGGAUACUGAAAGCAAAGACCCUCUUCAGGGAAUCUUACAAGAUUAGCAUAGCAACACUGCUAACGGUGCUAUACACAGGGAAGGAGACCAGAAGCCAUUUUUAAUGAACAUAUUAAAAUGUAACCUUAAAUUCUGGCAAGAAACUAAAAUGUAAAUGACUGUCUUUACACUCUGAACGCCCGCAACAUAUAUCAUUGAUCAUCAUUAUUGACUGGCUGAGGCGCUACACGCUAGCUAAGUUGACUGUUACGGGUUUUCUAAUGGAAGGUUGAAAUCUUCAUAAUAUAAGCAUCUUUGCCGAAAGUACGCCGCAGGUCUAAAGAUGAGGUGACGACGGGAAAAGUGUCCUUCAUGUGCUUCUUGGAUAUAAUUACAACAAGCGGUGUAUUAACGACUCGGAAAGCGAGGUGAACAACUAGAAAAAUAACACUUGAUAAUAAUGAAACUUUUAUUUUGUAAUGAACGCACAGACUUUCAUGCGACUCUGCAGAGUGCUCAUAUGAGGCGGAGUUAUACUGUGUCUUUUAGUCAUUAUAUUUCAUUACGAGAUUAAAUUGAUGAUUUUUAUCUAAACACCAACUACACUGACUCAUUUUACAAUCCCACUAGCAUGUUACUUACACAAAAUAAAAUCUUUUAAUUCACGUGAGGAAGCUGGCGUUUUUACGUACACUUUUAUGUCAUUGGCUAUAUGCCACUGCUGUAAAGGCUUGUUGCACUAUUACAGUUAACAAUUAUUCGAUUGAUUGAUUGAUCGUUAAUUUAAACGAUCAUUGAAUAUGGGAAAUUGCAUAAAUUGACAUCCCUAAACAUGACGCCCAAAAUGGCGACUCUCAUGUAAGGAGACCCACAGUGUAUGUAGAUAAAAAUGACUAUAAUAAUAAUAAAAACAAUACAGUUGACUAUGUAUGAUCUUUAUACACCACUGAUUAUAUAGUUAUAUAUAUAUAUAUAUAUAUAUAUUAUUGCAUUUCUGUCAAUAGAUCCUUUUAAAAGUUACACAGUGCACCUUUAAUAAAAUUAUGUGUAUUAAAUGUGUUGCACGCGCCUUACUUAGCUAACCAGUCUGUUUAGUAUUCAAACCAAAUUAAUUUAGAGGUGGUCCAUUAACUUUUUUUAAGCUGUCCGGAUGUCAGAGACAGACAGAGAUUUCAAACUAGAUCUUGUAGAUAUAUUUAAAUGUUAAGGACUUGUGUACACUGUAUCUGGAGCUGUGAUAGUUACAGUAGACACAAUAUGAGUGUAUAGAGGAGACAGGUAAAGAGAUAACAGGUGUCCAAGCUGUGAGUGAUAGACGGAGAGAUAGUAGCUGCUCAGCCUGUCCACUGAUGCAGAUCUCUCCACCCUCUCCACAUUUUGGGUAAGUAUGGAUGACUCUUUAGAGAUAGUUAGACUAGUUGUUUGGGGUGGUUAGGGAAAGGUACAUAGAAUUGGCGGAUUUUCCCAAAUACAUUUUAUUUGAAAUAAAGCAAAUGGGUAAAAUUACCAAUUUAAAAUAUAUAUGGUUUAUAUAAGAGCAAAUAUAAUAAGAAGUCAAUGAAAAGUCAAUUUAGUCUGUUACAGAUUUUCAUUUUUAGUAUAGUAAAGAAUGGCAAUAAUCUCAAACUGUUACAAGGGUGCCUUAACACAAUUAAAUGUAGGUGCCAAUGCGCCCUCUGUAUUUAGCACACAAAACAUUCAAGACACAAAGCAAUGCUUUAUAUUUAUUACUUGAACUUUCAGAGAUUAAUGCCAAAGUCUCAUAAAGAAAAUAGUGAACUCAUUUUAUUCUGUGGCUCCUUUAAUUGUGUAGCCAAGCUGUUGAUGUUAUAAAAAAGUUUGAACACCAUUUACCAGUCUUAUACACUACGCCAUUUAAGUUUUAUAUAAUACUGCUUUUACUUUUACUUGAUUGGUUUUCCUUCAACUUUAAAGACAACAUAUGCUGAUACAUAAAACAAGCAGUUUAUUUUGAUAGUGUGUACUCUAUUAUAAUGAUGGAUGUUUUAGUCACACCACUAUAAAAAAUGGCUGGGUUAUUUUUCAUGCAAUAUUGGACAGAACACAUGCUGGGUUAAUAUAACCCAUGGUUGCAUAACAACAACCCAGCAUUGGGUCAAUUUUAACCCAGCGGUGUGUCCGAUAUUUACUCAACAUGGGUUAAAAAGAACCCAGACAUUUUUAGAGUGAUUAAGCAAGUACAUACAUAUUUUAAAAUUUUAAAUUUAUAUUGACAUUAUUAUGAUACUAUUGUUAUGAUUAUUGUUGACAUUACUGUAUGGGAAAUUUUACCCAAUAAGAAGUUGUAUCUCUGCACUGAUAUCUUAUUAAAGCAUAUCAAUUCCA